CCAUGACGGAGGAGGUAUGGAUGGGCACCUGGAGGCCCCAUCGCCCCCGGGGACCCGUCAUGGCCCUCUACAGCAGCCCUGGACCCAAGUACCUGAUUCCACCAACAACAGGCUUCAUGAAGCACACACCCACCAAGCUACGCGCACCAGCCUACAGCUUCCGUGGGGCCCCCAUGCUCCUGGCAGAGAACUGCUCCCCAGGGCCCCGCUACAAUGUAAACCCCAGGAUACUGAGGACUGGCAAGGACCUUGGCCCUGCCUACUCCAUCCUGGGGCGCUACCACACCAAGACCAUGCUGACCCCUGGCCCAGGUGACUACUUUCCAGAGAAAUCCACCAAGUUCGUGUUCGACUCAGCGCCCAGCCACUCCAUCUCUGCUCGGACAAAGACGUUCCGAGUGGACAGCACCCCAGGCCCCGCUGCGUACAUGCUGCCCGUGGUGAUGGGGCCCCACACUGUCGGGAAGGUCUCCCAGCCCUCCUUUUCCAUCAAGGGCCGCAGCAAGCUGGGCGGCUUCAGCGAUGACCUACACAAGACCCCAGGCCCCGCAGCCUACCGCCAGACUGACAUGCAGGUGACCAAGUUCAAGGCUCCACAGUACACCAUGGCUGCCCGUGUAGAGCCUCCAGGGGACAAGACCCUCAAGCCAGGACCAGGCGCCCACAGCCCUGAGAAGGUGACCCUGACCAAGCCCUGCGCCCCUAUUGUCACCUUCGGCAUCAAACACUCUGAUUACAUGACACCCCUGGUGGUUGACGUGGAAUAGCCCAGCCCUGCUGUGCCCCAUCACGCCCAACAUCUGCACAAGAUUCACUGGGCCACGGAGCUCCAGGCCGUCUUCACCCACUGGGCUGGGCCAGCUGGGCCCGCAGGGCAGAGCACACUUGUUUGGAUGAUUGCAACCAGUUAUUUUUUUCUACGCUGUUUUACCAUUUGCUGUCUUGUUUUCUGCUGUGCCCAAAGUAUUUAAUAAAUCAGCUUGCAUUAAU